UUUGCUAAAAUUAUUUAUCCGAUAUUAAAAUGUCAUUAAACAAACCCGAACCAGUGGAAGAAAUUCCUCCUGCCGAAGGCGGAGAUUUUCAAAUUCCCCAUAAUGAGGAGCAAAAAUUAGAAAAGUUUGCAACGGCUAUUGAUCCCCAUGCUGAUGAUUUCAAUAAUCCUCCUUGUUAUUUACCACAAGCCGAAGAUCAACUACCUAAAAAGGAUAAUUUACAGCCCAUGGGACCUAUUGGUCCCUGGGCUACAGGAAAAGUUGAUUGGAGUCCCAUGGCCGGUUUGACCGGUACAAGACCGGUAGUGGAUCGUUAUUCUAUAACAAGAUUUAGUCCCAAUGAAUGGAGGGCUAAAAAUUUGGAGACCGUUAAACAUACUAAUCAAGUUUUUGAUAGAACUUUAAAAAAUCAAUAUAGUUGCAAAACUUCUCUUAUGCGUAUUAACUCCCUAGUGGAAAAGACCCAAACAGAGACCACCGAGAAUAUGCGACAACGGGCUCAAUUAAUAGGCAAAUGGAAGAAUACCUUGGAGGCGGCCAUUAAAGCCAUGCAAGAUGAAAUUAGUACUUUAGAGGAGGAGAGAGUGAGACUUAAAAAAUCUCUGGUGAUACUGGGAGUACCUGAAUCCAUAGUUAAGGAAUGUAUAGAUAAGCGUUGCGGUAGACCAGACACGGAAUUAGUAAGAGAUGUUCCCGAAGAAGAGUUGAUCAAUGAAUUGGCUUUAAUAGCGGAAAUUCGUCAGCAACUAAAGAAAACUUUGGAAGAUUUUGAACAGCAACAGGUAGAGAAUCGUACUGCUCGCCAGCGUUUGGAAUAUGACUGGAGUGACAAAAAGGAAUCCUAUGAAAUAGAUGCAGUAAACGUGGGUCUUAACAAUCGUUCGAAAACUAUAAUGUUUAGACCAGGGGCUGUGCGACAACCAGCAGAACAAGCCUCGGAACAGUAUUGGGAGCAUUUUAGCAAAGAGACAUUAGAGGAAUGUGAGACCUGUCGUCAAAAGUCUCUUAAAUUAAGACACACCUUAAAUGCCAUAUUAAUGAAUGCUGCUCGAGAUAUACGCGGUCAAGCUGAUGUGGUAGAAAAGGCCUUUGUAGCUCGCAUUAAUUGUACCCAAGAAAACUUGCAACGUUUUGAAAAUGAUCUGAGACAAUGUCUUCAAAAUCUGGCCGAUACUGAGACCCGUAUCGAUAAACUACAUCGUGUAAUACGUAAUUUUGAUGCAGGCAUGAAGGUGGCCCAAACCCGUAUGGAUAAUCGCAGUUAUCGUCCGAAUGUGGAAAAUUGUCGUGACUCGGCCCAACAAAAUCUUAUAGACGAGGUUGCCAUCAUACAGAGUGGUGUCAGUGCCAUGCUGCAAGAACUGGACGAGGCGGAAAAUGUUAAAAAUCAACUUAUGCAAACACGCAGCACUUUGGAACGCGAAAUAAUGCUUAAACGUCGCACUCUAUGGUUGGAUCGGGAACGUUGUAUGCUUUUGAGAUCUCACUAUCCUUCGGCCAGUGCUUUAAGUGGUUUUGCUAGUGUUUAAUUUGAAUCGAGAAGAAAUAUUGUUUAAAAAAGAACUUUGCAUCUCUUUUUGGAAAUAAAUGCCUGGGUUUGAGUUUUAUUAAAA